CCGUCGACGUCGUCGUUCGUCGAAUGCGAGCACGUGUUCCACAUCGUUGGCUACAGCGCGCGCAAGGCUCUGGCCCUCGAUGCCCACUCCUCCAUCCUCUCCGGCGCCUUCCUUGUCGGCGGCCACACCUGGGCCCUCGACUGCGGCUUUCACGACCAUGGACACCUCGCCUCAGUCUCUGUGCAGCUGCUCACCGCCUACAUCACCGAUGACGUCGUGGCCAAGGCUGGCCUGAGGAUCGAACACCCGCUUGGCCGGUGCCCCGCUGCCGUGUGGCUAAGCGACGGCGCUUACACCUUCCCCGCCCGGUACGGCAGGACCUGGACGCUGCCGCUCCCUGACGAGUUCCAUGGUGGUCGAGAGGCACGCUUCGUGCAAGAUGACCGCCUCACCAUCGUGUGCACCCUCGAGGUCCUCCAGGAGGAAGAGCACUCUACCAUCGCUGAGGAUUUCCACAAGCUUCUUCCUCUUGUCCUUGGCGAGGAGUCGGAAUCGGAGAACAAGAGGCACGGCUGCAUGUUACCGGAUGUGACGUUCCUCGUGGAGCAGACCGAGAUCCAAGCCCACAGGCUCGUCCUAGCUAUGCGGUCGCCCGUCUUCGCUGCCGAGCUCCUCGGCGACAUGAGAGAAAGUACCAUAUCUCAUGUUAGAGUCGACGACAUUAGCGCAUCAACUUUCAGGGCCAUGCUCCGCUUCAUCUACACCGACGAGCUUCCCAUCAAAGCAGAGAAGAACAAUAUGGCAUUGAGAAGCCGACGUGCUUGCAAAGCCAAGUAUGACGCCAGGCGCCGCUUGGCCAUGGCGUGUGACCUGCUUGUUGCAGCGGACCUCUACGACCUGGGGAAGCUGAGGCUCAUGUGCGAAGAGAUAUUGUCUGAAAGCAUGGAUGUCGCGUCUGUUAUGCCGAUUUUACUGGUGGCGCAUGGCCGGUACAACUGCCGGCAACUGGAGGCCUAUUGCAUUGAGUACUUGGCGUCCGAUGCAAACGUGUACGCCGCCGUAAAAGAGACACAGGAGUACCAGGAGCUCGAGGAAAACUACUGCUCGUUCAUAGCUGAGCUCGUGGACAAAGUAGCCACCCAUAAGUUAGCAGCUAAGGGCUCCUCCUUCCGCGCCAACUGCAGCAGCCCGUGCCCAAAGAUGAUGAGCAUGUCAACGUAUAACACAUCGGAGGUUAUCCGUGGAACAUACGAGUUCAGAAUCCCCAAUUUCAGUAGCGUGAGGGAGAGCCAUGCUGUAGACCAAGAAUUCGAAUCCAGCACUUUCAUGGUAGGCGGUUACAAAUGGAUGUUAUAUCUUUACCCGUCCGGCAGUUCAGAAUCACUUAUACAGAAGAUGAAGAAAGGGCAACAUAUUCCCGUGUACGCUGAUAUGUUGAGCGAUCCUGGAAUUGCUGGUGUAAGGGCGUCUGCAUGUUUCAGGAUCGAUGAUCCUAGUGGCAAAUCCCCGUCGACCAUAGCAUGGCUACAAAAUAUCUUUAAAGAGUCGUCAUGUGGCUUUCCUAAAUUCACCACCGUGAAAGAUGUAAAGUCACGGUAUCUGGCACAUGAUGGAUCUCUAACUAUACGAUGUGACAUUGUAGUUACCAACAAGGCAUGCAUUGGUGCUAGUGGCAUUGGAGACACAACUCUUGCGAUGUCGCCCAAUAUCAGGUGGAACCUUGAAAAAUUGCUAGCGAGCGGGAAGGGCUCAGAUGUGACUUUUCUUGUCGAAGAGAGGAAGAUUCAAGCGCAUAGGCUCGUGAUUGCCACACGGUCACCAGUCCUAUACGAGGUGGUGGGGCCUAACGAGGAGGAACAUGUCGUAAUAGUCGAUGACAUAAAGUUUGCGGCCUUCAAGGCCGUGAUCCACUUCAUCUACACGGACAAGUUACCUCCAAUCGAAGACCUAGACCCUGCAACUAUGGUUUCCAGUGAUGAUGUGAUUAUCGCCGGAGAAAUAUUGUUUGCAGCAUGUCGGUUCCAUCUGGAGAAGAUGAAGGCCAUGUGUGAGAACAUUCUAGGUGAGUCCGCCUCGAGCAAGAACGUGUCCAGGAUACUCAAGUUGGCUCGCCAUCACCAAUGUUCGAAGCUCGAAGAUCAUUGCACCGAGUUUUAUCUAUGA